CUCCAUCACCACAUUUCCUGUUUGUAACUGAACAAAGUACACACAAAAGACUUUAAGAAACAGAAGAGAAAAAAACCCUGAGGCACCGAUAAAGAUAAGUUUUACCAUCAUGCUGCUUCUGACACAACAGAACAACAUUAUUUAGAAAAAAAGUUUGUGGGAGCAUUUUAAUCCAUACAUUUGUUUUAUGGCUAUAUAAGGAUUUCUCUGACAAAAGAAGCAUGUCAGGAAACUCUGGAUGCCCCUUUUUUCUCUGGGGACUUCUAGCCUUCUUGGGUUUGGCCCUGCUUAUAUCUCUGAUCUUCAAUAUUUCCCACUAUGUGGAAAAACAGCGACAAGAUAAAAUGUACAGGAACUCUGAUGACUACAUUCCCAGGGUUAAUGAAUAUUAUAUUGAAGACACACCAAUUUAUGGUAACUUAGAUGAUAUGACUUCAGAACCAUUGGAUGAAAAUUGCUAUGAACAAAUGAAAGCCCAACCAGAGAGAUCUGUAAAUGAAAUGCAAGAAGCUAGUUCAUCUGCACAGGCAAUUGCUGAAACACAGACGUGUUACGCCUCACUUGAUCACAGCUUUAAGGGGAAGCGCAGAAAGCCCAAGAAACAGAAGAAUCAUUUGUCAAACAAGGAUGAAAAUGAGCAAUUACAUGCAAUGGAUGUCAAUGUUUCUGAGACUGCUUUGGUAGACAGCUUUUCCCCGGAAACCCAGACGAUAGAGGAAAACAUACAUGAUGAUCCCAUCAGACUGUUUGGAUUGAUCCGUGCUAAGAGAGAACCUUUAAACUAGCUGGACUAUGAUUUAGCUCACUAAUUUGACUCUUAUUCAAGAUGGUUGAUAAGAAAACAGAGCUAUACAGGACACAAAGGGCCUAGCAAGGUGAUGAUCUGAUCAUUUGUUGGUUUGGUGACUUGCCUCUCAUUAAGAGCUUACAUUCAUGCACCAAAUGUAAUGCCGUGAACACCAGUUAUUUCAACUUACUUUGAAAAAAAUACUUAAGCAGUAAAAUGUAAAAUAAAAU